AUGGGCGUUUUGACCCUUCUACGACCGUGCUUGCCAGCCCGUAGGACCGCUAAGCUCCGGAGUCUAAGAAAUGCCUCCACCAAGCUUUUCCAGUCCAGCGAAUCAGACACUCGGCUCAUGCUGGACGGUCAAAAUCCGUUAGAUGCGGCCUCCCCGAGGCCCGGGGAUCAAUUACGAUCUCGCGAGGGUGAACAAGUCCACAAAGAAUACAAUAAACCAUGGGAGCAAGAGUUCUGGUAUAAGUUGACUUUGAACCGUGGCGAGAACGAGGGCACCAAAGUCCCAACCAACCCACGGCGCGUCUCAGGUCGGAAUUUGAUUUCCACACACCCAAUUGCUGUGCAGAUCGACGUUGCUCUGUGGCUCCGGCCCGGCAAGGUUCUGGCGUGCCAAGUGGAGAUCGACACUCAAAUUUUCGCCGAAGUGGCACCGACUUUGGGUUGGAGUCGUCUGGAGACUCCAUGGGGUGCCCCCAACCUGUCCGUGCAACUGCGUAAUGCGUUGUGGGCUGCCUCUCUAGGCGUGUUGCGAGCCCCAGUCUAUGGCCUGUUGGGCCUCUUCAUCCCGGACAGUGUCCGAAGUCAUCCUGGUUGUGGAUAUUGGAUUUCUCGUCUCCUUGAUCUGACUGGACAGUACGCUUUGUGGCACAUCGCUGACCAGCCACUCUCCAGACUGGGGCAGAAAGACUUUACAGCUUAA